AUGCCGUACAACGUCGAAGCAGCUUUGGCGCAUCAAUAUUACCAUUCGGGGUAUUUGCCCUAUCAAACGGAACAUGCCACCGGCCUGUCGUCCACACAGCGUCCUCACUCAGGACCAUCGUCUGCCCCCGAUCCGGCCACCUUCGACUUCCCCAGUGGGACCACAAAGUACGACUGUCCCUGGUGUGAUAAAUCAUACACGGGGCCCAAUGGCCGUAGCAUCUGGAGGCGACAUGCGCAGGAGAAGCACAAUUUGCCGUGCAACUCCAGGCGGUCUCGUUGGGACGCUGAUCCUGAUCGUCCGAGAAAUUCUGAGGAUAAAAAGGACCGGAAUCUGGCUUGCAAGCGUCAAUGGGCCAAGGACAAUCGCAUCAAGAAGCGUCUCUUGAAACAACUCGACACUUUCUCACCGUCGAACCUACGCCGAACCAAGAUUGAGGCAGACCUGACUCAAUGUACCAAGAGACUACGAUCAAAAAGCGUUGAGAAAGAGAAUUUGGAACCCCCUCUUUUUCAGGCACCGUAUUCCCAACGUACUCCGGUUUUUGCACAAAUGGACUCGAAUGCAGCAGCUAGCGAUGUGUAUGAUUACGCAAGCGAUCCUAGUGUCAGCGGGUGGUCCACUGCUUCUCAGGAGAGCACCCUUCUCGACGGCUGGGACGGGUUCAAUUCGGCCUUGAGCGAAGCUCCCAGUCCCGAUACGGUAACGCGUGACGACCCCGUUUCUAUGCUGGUGUCCUACACAACUGCGGCUGCGGCCGAAGCACGCCGAUCCCCACCCUCCCCGGUACAUUCUGUUGCACCCCGCGACGACGAAGUUUACUCUGAGGAGGAAGCUGAAGAGAUGAUGCAAUUCGUUGAGCAAUAUUCGAUCGCCGAUUCGGAUUCGGAUGGCGAUCCACCUCCUCCAGGAGCGGUAGAGCAAUUUCCUCCACCUUCAAACUUCGAGCAUGCAAACGGGGCCUCGUACAGUCUUUCUCUCGACGCGCCAGGGGACUCCAGCAAUGUUUCAGAAAUGAGCGGCCUUAUCCAUGACAAUUAUUCAUGCACACACGUCACAGCGGUAGCGCCGUUCAGCUUGGCCAUUCGGCGGGCGAUCUGGAAGCGUGAGCAGGAAGAAGCCGAAGAGGAGUCUAAGAUAGAAGAGAGCCUUUUCACUCCGGCCAAUGACUCAGAGAGUGACGACUAUGCGUUUGGCGACAGAACAUACGAACAGGAGGGGCAGUUUUCUCCUCUCCACCCAGUAUCCUCUACCAGCUUCCAAGUUAAUUCUGACAGGCGGUCAAUAAGUGGUCCUGCAGCGACUCCAGGACUCGGCAAAUGCUCGAAGAUGACGGAAUCGCCUUUCCAUAUUAAGCCUGUGGAAACAACACCUGACAAGCGUCGACUUGCUUGGGAGUUGGGUUUGGGGGCCGAUAGCAGUCCUGGCAGCGGUUUCUAUCUCGCCCAGGUCAAGUCAGCCGUAGCGGGCCGGUGGGUGGAUGAGUUCUGA